UGCACAGAUUUGUGAGAUUUUCUUUCAUUUUGUUGAUAUCUGCUGGUUUUAAUCUCGGUGACCGGGCAACUCUCGUUUACAAAAUCGACGAGUCUGGGGCUUAUUCGUUCGCAGCAGCUACGAACUUCGAUUUUAACCUAACUAAUGGAGACACGUUUUUACAAUCAGAUAAAAUGAUGUAUUCAACAAGUGAUGGCUCGCUAAAAUUAGGAUCAAGUGCGAAAAUAUCUGGCAACGAUGUACUUGGAUCAUAUCAAGGAAUGCUAUUCAAUUAUAAUGCUGGAAAUGACGCUCAUAUGCAGGAUCAUCUUAUGGUUUAUAAUGGAGGGGAGUUUGUAAGGUUUACCCAGAAUUACGGAAAUAAUGGCGUGAAGUACAGCAAUAUUUCCAAUACCGAGGGCGUGCUUUCUUCUUUUCCGAGUUUCUUGACAAACAAAGGAACAAGAAAUCUCGGUUUCAUACAUUUAAAUGGAGACAUGUGUGGAGCCGGCUUCAGUAUAUCCAACUUCUCUAUGGGUGAAGACAUGCUUCACAGUGGAACAUCUGCCGGUCCGUUGGUUAUUUUUGACGAGAUGGAGAAUGUGAUGAUAAUUUCAGCUUUCAAUAAUUUCAUGUCCCAUGGAAUGAUUUACAACAAAACCUCACAUCAGUUAAACUUCGGUAUCCUGGGUGGUUUCACCAACAUUCCUAGAGAGUAUGAGAUUGAGACAAUUCUAUAUUAUGGAAGCGAAGGAAUAAAUCGUGCAAUAGAGGAAUGGGGAGCAAUCAUCGGGAGAAGAUAUGGAAAAACGAGAAUGCAUAGGCAAAACGACAUGACUAUUAGCUACCUGGGAUACUACACAGACAACGGAGCUUUCUACUACUAUAAUACCGAAGUGAACAAAACUUAUGAGCAGACUAUACUUGAUGUAACAACUGCAGCUAAAACAUAUGGCAUACCAUUCCGAUACGUUCAAUACGACUCCUGGUGGUAUUAUAAAGGAACGAAGGAUGGAGUGAAAGAAUGGGUGGCUGAACCAUCGAUUUUUCCGAAUGGAAGCGAAGCAUUAUUUGAAGAGCAUGGAAUGCCCGUUGCUGCUCACAAUCGUUACUGGUCUUCAGAUACAGUGUAUGCAAAAGAUAAUGGUGGAAUGUAUUCAUUUGAUAUAGACAAUAUGACAUCAAAAGCAUUGCCGACUGACAAGAUAUUCUGGUCUGACCUUUUCCACAAUUCUACAGCAUGGGGGCUCAGGAUGUAUGAGCAAGACUGGUUGGACGUAGAAUUUGAUGGAAUAGCUGAUUUCAAAACUAACAUUCACCUCGGAAAAACAUGGCUAAUGAAUAUGGGACAGGCCGCAGAAGAGCAUGGUUUAACAGUUCAAUAUUGUAUGGCUUUACCAAGACAUAUGUUACAAAGCAUAGAAAUUCCAGCUGUUACUCAGGCUCGUGUGAGUGGUGAUUAUCACCCCGGAAAUGAUCAGUGGAAAAUUGGUAUAACUUCUAUGUUUGCACAUGCGUUGCAUUUGGCUCCGUUCAAAGAUACAUUCUGGAGUACAUCCUCGCAACCAGGAAACCCGUACAGCAAAGACGCUUCUGAACCGAACAUAGAUCUUCAAGCCACUAUUGCAACUCUAAGCACAGGGCCAGUUGGACCGGGAGACAGUGUUGGUUAUACUUCCACCCUUGCUUCAACAAAAUCAUGUCGUAGCGAUGGACUGCUACUGAAACCAUCAAGGCCCGUUACAAUGGUUGAUCAACAUAUUGUCAAUAGAGCUUUUCCAAAGAACAUGAAAACAGGAUCGGCAAAUAUUGAUGCUGAAGUCUACUUUACGUACACCGAUAUCUUUUAUUCUUCACGACCUCAAAGACACGGAAUAAUUCUCGCAACAGAUAUCAAUGUUGACAACUUCAAAGUAUAUCCCAACUUGAUGCACCUCGACACGCAGGGAGAUGUGAAAAACUAUUUGGCUUAUCAUGGACAUCCUGGCGAUGAUGCAAUUUUAAACGUGAUAAAUGCCACAUCUCCAAUGACCAUGCCAAAAUGCGGUAAAGCGGACUUUCAGAUGUGGUAUGCGGCACCGAUUAUUAAAAUGAGUACGGGUACCCGGGUCGCAGUCCUUGGUGAACGUGGAAAAUGGGUUCCGGUGUCAGAACAAAGAAUAAAUCAUAUUGAACACAAAGGGGAUAAUCUACUUGUGGAUAUUAAGGGUGCUGUAAACGAGUUUGUGCAAUUCGGAUUCUCAUUGAACGAAACAGUGGUGUUUGUGGAUUGCAACAUUCCAGCUACAGGAACAGCAAGAAUCAGUUUGAAUUCGAGAAUUUGUUUUGAUACUUAA